CAAAAACUUAUUUUCUUCUUUGCAUAUAAGUUUUUUUUUCUCUGUUGUUUACCCCCUUUGAUCCAUGUUUGGUUACCCAGAAAAUCAAAUAGCAAAAAAGAAAUUUUGUUUGUGAAAACAGAAUCAUGAUUUCCUUUGCGUGCUAAACAUUCACUGACCAAACUUCUUUUUUUGUUUUAAGACUUCUCUGCAAUCUCUAGUGAUUAUGAAGCAAAAGAAUCUGACAAUAGAUUGAAGUUUGUGGAUGUGAAGGACUCUUAUGGAUCUAUUGGUCCAGCUUAUUUCUUGAUAUUUGAAUGAUGAGAUUCAAGAAAGGAACUAAAGUGGAAGUGUUGAUCAAAUCAUCACUUCCAUCUGGUGCUUGGCGAUCUGCUGAGAUAAUGUCCGGUAAUGGGCAUUAUUACACUGUCAUGUAUGAUACUGAUGACGCUACAGAGAGGGUACCGAGGAAGAAUAUGAGACCUGAGCCUCCUCCUUCUCUACAAGUCCUACAUUCUUGGGCUCCUGGUGACGUUCUUGAGGUUUUUGAAAGUUGUUCUUGGAAGAUGGCUAUAGUUUCCAAGGUUUUGGAGAAUGAUUGCUUCAUGGUUAGAUUGCUUGGCUCCUCACUGAAGGUCAAGGCAAACAAAUCUGACAUUCGGGUCAGACAAUCUUGGCAAGAUAAUGAGUGGAUCAUGGUCGGGCAGGGUUCAUCGAGAUUAAGUGCUCAGACUUCAACAGAAAAUUUAAGGAGAAAGGUAAAUUUGAAGAGCAAAGACAAACUCAAUGCAUCUGAUGCACUUUCGAGAAAAGGUCCAAAGAAACGGACCUAUUCUUUGGUUACACCACACAAUCAAACUACACACGUCGAAGAAGAUGGAGAGAGUGUUGCUUCUUCUGUUGGUAGUUGUAGCGUGAACAUGGAUGGUUUAACUACUGUCUCUUUCACCCCCAUAGAAACUGGUAACUCUAGUGACACAGAGUCAUCUUCUUGCCGCUACAGAAACAUCAAGACCAAGAAGUCUGGCUUUACAGCAAAAGGCUCAGAAGCUGCUGAUGUUCAUAAGCUAGAGUUGGAUGAAUACCGAUGCAGUAUCGAGAGAUUGCACGCAUCUGGACCGAUUAUAACAUGGGAACAAGAAACGUGGAUCACAAACCUCCGUCUGAGACUGAACAUCUCGAAUGAGGAACAUCUGAUGCAGAUAAGAAACCUUAUCUCUGAUGAUAACAGUCAAACAUACAGAUAGCAGCAUCAUUUAACAACUACAAGCUGUGUUACAUAGAAUAAAAACUAAGGUUAAGGUUGUACAAAAUGUCACUCUAUUUUCAAACAAAGCUAUUUGGUUCCUUGUUCCUGAGCUUGUAAAUGUCAUGUCAUUUUGAACGAUUCCUGCAAGUAUAGUUUCUAGUUUCAACGAUGUAACUUAACAACGUGUGGUCACAAAUCGCUGCGACUGAUCGCACAACAGUAAAACAGCUGGCACUAGUCACACAACAGUGAAACAAACAACAAGCAAGCUGUGAACAGUCACAGCAGGCAACAUGCAAACAAAACAGUCACAUGACAUACAAACAAACUAGACCUCAACAGAUUCAAGUUAAGAGUCUACGGUGUUCAAGCGAAGAGAAAAGAUCCUUGAUUGUAUAAAUCUCUUUGGGUUCAAAAACAACUCACUCUAUUCCAAACCGGAACAAUAUCAAUACUUCCCCAAUAUCAGUUCUAAAACACUCGGUUCAUUCUAUAUGUAACAUCAACGCAACAUAGAACAAAACC